UCUCUCUCUCUCUCUCUCUCUCUCUCUCUCUACAAUAUGGCAUCCUCAGCUGAAAAACCUCACCUCCACCACCACCACCUGCCUAGUACUCCCUUUGCCACGACGGCGGCGCCACCGCCAACCCCCGCUACGCAGCCCAACCUGACAUCAGAAUCCACCACCCACGACUUUCUCUCCCAUCUCCUCCACCGCCUCCCUCCCGCCCUUUCUCUCUCCCUCCCCACCCGUCGCUCCUCCCCACUUUCCUCCUGCGCCGCCGCCGCUACCCCUCCUAUGAUCUCUCUCUCCGAUCCGACGCCCACUCUCCACUCAUCCCUCCUCUCCGCUUCCACCAAACUCGGCUUUUUCCACCUCACACAACACGCCGUCUCCUCCCACCUCGCUCUCUCCGCCGAAUCUGCCGCCGCCUCUCUCUUCAACCUCCCCGACCACCAAAAAAAACACCUCUUCCCCAACAACUGGCCGCUCGGACACGAAAUAGAAGAUGACGACGACGACGACGACGAAAGCUCAUCCGCCACCGAGUCGUUCUGUCUCGACUCGUCGUGCUCCGCCGAGUCAGAAAACGAGUUGAACAUGGACUCACUGCGCGAGUUUACUCAUGAACUGGAGAAGCUUGGAUAUGAGUUGGUUGAAGAGUUGGCUUCUGCUGUCGGGUUCGAGAAACCGGGUCGAAACGAGCUCUGUUCGCUGAUGUGGAUAUCCGAAGGGAUGAACAAACCGGGUCGGGUUUACCCGUAUGCGUUGGGCUUGCAUUACCAAAUAAGGGCCCAGAAGCAGUCGUUGUUGUCGGAUUCGGGCUGGGCCACCGUGAUGAGGCCCGCGCACUCUAUCUUGGUCACUCUUGGAGACAUUGCUCAUGUAGGCCCCACUAACUCUUUCUUUUUAUAUUUUAAUAUUACAUUUUUCGUUUGGAGUAACGGUAAGACGAAGAAAGUGAGAGGAAGAGGAGGUAUUCCAAUUAGUUCAGGUGGUGAUGUCGACGAUUGCAUGACAAUGUCUUUGCUCAUCACACUUCAAUUGGAGAGCACCGUCUCCCCUCUCGUUAUCGGCUUAGUCGCUGAUCGAGAAUGCGAUUCUACGGGUGACGACGACAGAUCAUCGGAAGCGCCAUUGUUCAAUUCCUUCUCUUUUGAAGAAUACGCGUGGAGAGUUUAUCACGAGCGUUUGCUCCUCAAAGAUCCUCUCAUUAGAUAUCGUGUUUGAUAUUAUCUAUUUUGUGGUGGUGUUGUUAAAUGGACUUUAACAAUUUUGAUUUUGAUUUUAUUUUUUCAAAUUAAUAUAUCGUGUGUUUUGAGUUUCUUUUACGAUAA